CCCAAAAUCAAAUUUAGAGGAAUGAGCCCCAUGUAGUCAUUCUCAUCACUCUCGAGUCUCCAUUGUUUUCAAAUUGUGGAGCUUGGAUUCUAGGAAGCCAGUUCUGCAAAGAAUCCUUACAUAUCUACUGUGACUCAAAUUUAGCUAAUGAAUCUUUAGAUUCUUGGACAUUGUUCAUGGCUUUAAUUUCAACCACCCCAACAUACCCAUUUCCAUCAUCAUCAAGGUUAAAUUGUCGACCGCCUACAAAACUCGCUGCCCAAUUUCAAGAAUCCACACCCAAACCUGAACCCGAUCCCAAACCCGAAUCACUACCUUUACCUUCUUUUAAAAGCUCCAUAACCACUCAGCCAAGCCGAGGCAGAAUACUGAAUAUUGAUAAGCUUAAAGAGCAGGAAGCUAAGGAGAGGAAGGAGGAGGUGAACAGGAAGAUAGCUUCGAGGAAAGCCAUUUCGGUGAUACUGAGAAGGGAGGCAACUAAGGCGGUUAUAGAGAAGAAGAGUGGCCCUAAACAAUCCAAGAGACUUCUUCCCAGAACUGUACUUGAGUCCCUUCAUGAGAGAAUUUCUGCUUUGCGUUGGGAAUCAGCUCUUAAGGUGUUUGAACUACUACGCCAGCAGCUAUGGUAUAAGCCAAACUCUAGUGUGUACAUCAAGCUGAUUGUCAUGCUUGGGAAAUGCAAGCAACCCGAAAAGGCCCAUGAACUCUUUCAAGCUAUGAUUGAUGAAGGUUGUUCUGUCAACCAUGAAUCCUAUACUGCUCUUUUAUCUGCAUAUAGCAGGAGCGGUCGCUUUGAUGAAGCGUUUUCCCUCUUGGAGCGGAUGAAGAAUACUCGAGAGUUUCAACCUGAUGUCCAAACUUAUUCAGUUCUAAUCAAAUCAUGCCUUAAUGUUUAUGCCUAUGAUAAAGUUGAGGCUCUUCUUUCUGAUAUGGCAGCUCAAGGGAUCAAACCGAAUAUUGUUACAUACAAUACCCUCAUUGACGCCUAUGGGAAAGCAAGAAAAUAUGCAGAGAUGGAAUCUAUACUAGUCGAGAUGCUUCAAGAAGAGGAAUGCGAACCUGAUGUUUGGACAAUGAAUUCAACGCUGAGAGCCUUUGGUGGAAGCAAGCAAGUAGAAAUGAUGGAAAAGUGUUACGAAAAGUUUCAGAAAGCUGGGAUCGAACCAAACAUUAAAACCUUCAACAUCCUCUUGGAUUCUUAUGGCAAAGCCGGAAAGUAUGAGAAAAUGAGUGCUGUGAUGGAGUACAUGCAAAAAUACCAUUACUCAUGGACAAUAGUUACAUAUAAUGUGGUUAUAGAUGCAUUUGGGAGAGCUGGGGAUCUAAAACAAAUGGAGUACUUAUUUAGGCUAAUGCGUUCAGAGAGGAUCAAACCGAGUUGUGUCACGCUAUGUUCCCUCGUGAGGGCUUAUGCUCAAGAGGGCAAGGCUGAAAAGAUUGGUAGUGUUUUGCGCUACAUCGAAAAUUCAGAUGUAACAUUGGAUACAAUUUUCUUCAACUCCUUAGUCGACGCUUAUGGCAAGUUGGGAUGUUUUAAAGAGAUGAAGGAGGUGUUGACAAUGAUGGAGCAGAAAGGAUGUAAGCCUGAUAAGGUUACAUACAAAACCAUGAUCAAAGCUUAUUCGUUGAAUGGAAUGAGUAGUCAAGCGGCGGAGCUUCGUGGCUUUAUCGGGUCAGCAGAAGGAAGAAAACUAACUAUAAUGCAAAAGGAGAAACCUGACUUUUGAUUUUGAAGAAAUUUCAGGUUAUUGUAUAUCCCUUAAAGCUCUGUACAUUAUCAUUUCAUAUAGUAGUUUCAUUCUUUCAUGUAAAUACUCUUUAAGGGUUAUGAUUCAUCUAGUACAAAUAGUGUUCUUAUUGAUGAAUUGAAUAAAGGAGGUAAUUACAAAGUAAAUUAAGACAGUAUAA